UGUGUACUCUCUAUGAUUAUAGCUUGUGGGUAUUGUCAGUCGCCUGAGACUGCGAGUAUCACUACGACUGUCGCUGCGUUUGCUCCUACGGCUGAUCCUACGGCUGCUCCUACGGCUGCUCCUACGGCUGCUCCUACGGCUGCUCCUACGGCUGCUCCUACGGCUGCUCCUACGGCUGCUCCUACGGCUGCUCCUACGACUGCCCCUACGACCACUAUGAGUCCAAUUUACGAGACCAAUAAAGUUAUAACACAAGCGCUGAAAGACCUACUAAAUGAACGUAUGGGUUACUACGAUGGGAACACGGAAUACAAGGAGUACAUUACAAAUGUACGCUUUGCCGCCAAAAGGUCCAUUAACUUCCUGGCCCAAAAAAUAGAAACCUAUUACAAAUUUACGGAAUACAAUAAACAGAGGCUGGAAUUAGAGAGUGCAAUAAAGGACCGCCUUGCCAGACUAAACAAUGUACUAAUUCCCAGUCAGACUCCCAACAGUAGCUGUUCAAAGUUCUAUUUACAGCAGCGGAUAGUUCUUGAGGACGCACUCAGGGCAACCAAUGCAAAGAAAGAGGCAAAGAUAAGGGAAAACAGUGAAGACUGCAAGUAUGUAGACAACGAGUAUGAUUAUUAUUAAUAAAUGAGUUUUCCAGCUGGCAAAGUUAAUAAAUAUUACAAGCACAGAGUAUUUGUCAAAUAUGUACUUGUAUAUCAGUUAAAAAUUCGAAAUAAAUUGGUAAAUGUAA